AUGAAAGAACAGACACAUAUCCUCAAACCCUGGCUGAUUACAACUACAGAGAGUCACAUCCUGAACUCUCUAGGCGAUGAACGAGAGCAAUUCGAGUCCCAAGUCGCCCUCCCGAAUGUUCCCGAAAUGAUAUUUUCGAAGAAUUCGCUUUCACUUUCCCUCAGCAAAAGCGAUGAAGAGAAGGCUAAGAUUGAGUUUCUGGCCCUUGAUGCCUUGAAAUUAGUAGAUAAGAAGGCCGUCUCCGUUGAGGUGCCGGCUGCUAAAGAAUGGCGCGAAACCCACCUGCAGAAGUAUUCCAUUUUCAAGCCAUUUGACUGGACGUUCUCAACUCCCUACAACGGCACCUUAACUGGUAAAUGGCGCGUCGAGCAGACCUCCGAGGGCCUCGACUACGACUUCCUUCGCUCCAGACAGCCAAUCCUGCUUUUCGGCGACCUCAACCUCUUUGAAGAUGAACUAGGCGACAAUGGGAUUUCCACACUGAACGUGAAGGUCCGUGUAAUGCCAACGGGCUUCUUCGUUCUGCAGCGAUUCUUUUUGCGGGUGGACGGCAUCAUGUUGCGUGUUUGGGACACUCGGCUACAAUGGAGACAGGGCGACAGGCACGUCUCCUUGUACGUAUUGAGAGACGUAAAGCGACUAGACAGUGCGGAAUGGCUCCCAUCUAUGGCCGGUGUUCAGAGCGAUACAGCGGAAGGGUAUUGCAACGUCGUUGUAGAGCAAACCACCGAAAAACUGUUUGCUGAUGGUUUUCUAUGA